GCUGUUGGGAGCAGAGUUUCAAUGAAACUCUUACUGUUUUUUGAGAAAAAAUUGACUUUUGAGGAAAAUAUAGUUUUCUAGUUCAUAGACCGCCUAAUAAGAACGUAAGAAGAACUGGUUUUCACGUGAGUGAUCUAGUUCAGGGGUUCAGGGGUGCCAGCUGUGGCACGCGGAGGGAAAGACAGUGGCACGCCGAGGUGUGACAACAAUUAGCACUUUUAUUGUUAGUUUAUAUAUUUUUUGAAUUUUUAAAGAGUGAGCCUCUCUUCUCUUAAUGAUCUUUGAUACUCCAUGGUGUCACAAAGAAAGGGGCCAUUCACGCAGAGGUAUGACUGUGACCCCGCCCACCCAUAUAAAUACUGCGGGUUUCUCUUUUUUUCAAUAAAACUUUAUAGUUUCACACGACGCACUUUACCUUCUGUGUCAGCCAUAGACUGUAUAUAAAGUCUAUGGUGUCAGCCUUCAUGGCCGGGUUUUGUUAAUUUGACAAGCAGCGUAGGAAAAAAGUUUUUUUUUUUUUACAUCAAAGUUCACAUUACAGUUAGUAAUGGCUGUAAGUGGCUGGAUAUCUCAGUUGGCUGGUGUAGGAUCUGGGUUCAGUUUCCAGGCCAAUGAGCUAAAAUGCAGUGAUGGUCUUUAGACGAGACUCUUCAUGCUGCUGCAUAACUUCAUCUCUGUACCUUAAAAAUACAGGAUUGUGUCAGGAAGAGGAUCCAGCGUAAAACUCUCCACAUAACCACCUGUGUGAAUCAGUGAAAGCAGAUUCACUGUUGUGAUCCCUGACAGGAUAAAACGAACAACAGAGUUCAACAGUUGGUGAUGCACAGUGGUUGAGGAGAAACAUUUGCAUUGAGACUUCAAGUCAUGAACGGUGCUGACCCCUGAUCUAGGGCAAGUCCCCCACGCUGACUCACUCUCCUACACACUAGGUGGCGGUAAUGCACCUUGAGGUGCCACCCGCCAUUUAAAUCACACGAAGAAGAGGGGUCUGCAGCAGCUCAGCUGACUGAAAGCCUCCGUCUUCCUCACUGUCCUGCAGCAGAGACCGGUUCCGAGUCCAGGCGCUCCGAAUGGCGUUUGUCACGGCCAGCUGGAACCCACUCGGGGAGGCCUUUUACCGGAAGUUGGAGCUCUAUGAGAUGUCUUGGAGUAUUCGAGAUGGGCUUCGGGACAGUCUGGUGGCUGCGGCACCGUAUGGCGGACCCAUAGCUCUUCUCAGAGAACCUCUUAGGCAUUCUCCAAGUUCUCGACCUCAGCUGGAGAUCUACUCGGCAUCGGGCAUAGCCAUCACUAGCUUUCCUUGGAAGAGUGGACCUGUUGUCCAUCUGGGCUGGUCCGUAAGCGAUGAGCUGCUGUGUGUUCAGGAGGACGGCUCAGUUCUGAUCUAUGAUCUGUUUGGAUCUUUCAAAAGACACUUCAGCAUGGGACAGGAAGUUGUCCAGAGUCAGGUUUUGGAGGCCAAGGUGUUCCACUCUCCCUAUGGGACAGGUAUUGCUAUAGUAACAGGGUCCUCCCGCUUCACCUUGGCCACAAACAUCGAGGAUCUGAAACUGCGCAGGUUACCUGAGGUACCAGGUCUCCAGGGAAAACCGGCCUCUUGGGUCGUCCUCACUCAAGACAGACAGACCAAAGUUUUGCUGUCCAUCGGACCAGAACUUUACAUCCUUGAUAACACGUCCUGCACUGCUGUGUGUCCCCCAGGCCUGAGUCCCCAUGCAGGCAGCAUUGUCCACAUGAGUGUCUCUUUCAGCUACAAGUACUUGUCCCUCUUCACAGACUCUGGACACCUGUGGGCAGGGCUUUCUAACCUACAGGAAAAACUUAUAGAAUUUGACACCAAGAAGACAGACAGACCCAAACAGAUGCUGUGGUGUCGCAGGCCGAAGAGUCAGCAGCCAUCUGUGGUGUUGAUGUGGGAGAGACUGCUCCUAGUGGUUGGAGAGUGUAAUGACACCAUCCAAUUCCCUGUUGUGGAUGUGUCUUUUUUGGUGGGUGAAUUGGACGGAGUUCGGAUCAUCAACUCCACCAACCAGGAACUACUGCAGGAGGUCCCGCUAGUCUGUCAGGAUAUCUUCAAGAUUGCCUCCAUGGCUCCUGGAGCUCUGUUGCUGGAGGCCCACCGGGAGUAUGAGAAAUCCAGCCAGAAAGCUGACGAGUACCUGAGGGAGAUCAAGGAGCAGAACGUGCUGGAGAAGGCGGUGCAACAAUGUGUGGAGGCGGCGGCUCACGAGUACGACCCCGCUACCCAGAAGUCCCUGAUGAGGGCGGCUUCCUUUGGGAAGUGUUUCCUGACAGACUUCUGCUCGGAUCACUUUGUGUCCACCUGCAGAGAGCUGCGAGUACUGAACGCCGUUCGCGAGAGCAGCGUGGGAAUGCCACUCACACACACCCAAUUCAAGCAGAUGACAUUGCAGGUGCUGAUUGAUAGGUUGUUGUUCCGGCAGUUUUACCCGUUAGCCAUUGAGAUCUGUCGUUACCUGAAGAUUCCUGACUAUCAGGGCGUUAACAGAGUCCUGAAGCACUGGGCCUCCUGUAAGGUGCAGCAGAAAGAAUUGUCAGAUGACGCCAUAGCACGAGCAGUGUGUGUGAAGGUGGGAGAAUCACCUGGUGUCUCGUACUCUCAUAUCGCUGCUAAAGCUUAUGAAUGUGGACGCACCGAACUCGCCAUCAAGCUCCUGGACUUUGAGCCUCGGUCUGGAGAACAGGUUCCUCUGCUGCUGAAGAUGAAGAGGAGUCAUCUGGCUCUCAAUAAGGCUGUAGAAAGUGGAGACACAGACCUGGUCUACAUGGUGGUCACACACCUGAAGAAUGAAAUGAACAGAGGGGAUUUCUUCAUGACGCUGAGGAACCAGCCGGUGGCCCUCAGCCUCUACAGACAAUUCUGUAAGCUUCAGGAGCAAGAGACGCUGAAGGACCUCUAUAACCAGGAUGACAACCAUCAGGAGCUGGCCAACUACUACGUCACUGUGUCUUACAGAGAAAAGAGGUUGGAGAGCCGUCUCUCUCAGCUGCAGAACGCUGUAGACGAGUACAACAAGGCCAAAAACGACUUUGCUGCAAAGGCCACAGAGGAGGAGAUGCGUCUCCUUCGUUUCCAGCGAAAGCUGGAUGAUGAGAAAGGGGCGGGGCUUCUUGGACUAUCCCUGCAGGUAACCAUGGAGACACUGCUGUCGUUAGGACUUCACAAACAGGCAGAGCAGUUGUACAGAGACUUUAAAGUUCCUGACAAAAGAUGAGUAAGAGAUGGAGCAUCAGAUGGAUCAUGUGACAUCCAGCCUUUUCAUGGACUCUCAGGUGAACCCUCAGGAGUUUUACCAUCUCAAACAUGUUCAGAGGUCCAGAUAUGGAUGUUUACCAGCAGCAGGUUGCUCUGCUGUUCCGGUCUGGACUCAGUGAAGGUGCUGAUACGAGGGGAAGCUCAGGGCAGCUGGUACUCCAGACUAAACACCUGGAGGGUUCAGUUUCAUGGAGUUCAAAUCUGGACUUGCAGCCAAAAAGGAUGCAAAACGUAUCAAAAAAGUUUGAAAUUUAAUUUUCUUUUCAAAAAAUGAUUUAAAUAACACACUGGGCCCUUAAAAGGGGUCAACUAAACAAUAAGGGAACUCAGGCAAAAGCAUUAGUUAGCAAAGUAACAUACUUGAACAGACUGAAAACUGACCUAACUUGAACAGAGACACAAGAGAACAUAUAUAGUGGGUGAUCAGGCCACUGAAGAAACACAAGGGGGAACUGACAAAGGACAAACUCUAACUACAAACAAUAUUCCUGCACAAAUAAUAAAUCUGUUAUAUGUUAACAAAAUCUAACAUAAAGUUGCCUUUAAGAAAUUAAUAACAAUAACUAGAAACUAAAGCAAAUGAUGUUUAUCUAUACAAACAUUGAUAUAUC